UCUUUCAUCUGUAUCUGCUCGACUCUCAUUCGUUGUCCCCUGUUUGCCCUUUUAUUUCCUCCAUUAAAUGUCGCAUGUAUAAUGCAUUUUCCAAUCCCUUAUAACAUUUUCUAGGGUUUCCAUUCUCUGAUUAGAAUCAAUUGCCCCUCCACUGCAUCUUCAUUUUGUGUUUGCAAGAUUCAAUCUUGAUAGUAAAUUCUGUGGCUGGAUUGGAUCAAUUACUUUAAGUUUGAAAUGGACGAUGGGGAGCUUGAAUUGUCGAAUCAACCCUUGUAUUCGUGUUCGGAUUUGAUUGAUCUUCCGAGCAGUUGCUCAAUGGACGGCAUUGAAGAGUUUCUCAACAAGACACAAGCCUGCACUCAUGCCCACACGUGUAACACUUCGGGCCCCGAUAAUUCCCACACGCACACUUGUUAUCAUGUCCACACGAAGAUUAUGCCAACCCAGAGUGAUGAUCAGACCCCAACUGAUGAUACGGCUGAAUCCACAGAGAAGAAAGGAAAGAAACGGCCUUUGGGUAAUCGUGAAGCUGUACGCAAAUACCGGGAGAAGAAGAAGGCAAGGACUGCAUCGUUGGAGGAUGAAGUUGUUCGAUUGAGAGCUUUGAAUUCACAGUUAAUCAAGAGGGUGCAGGGCCAAGCUGUACUGGAGGCAGAGAUUGCUCGACUCAAGUGCUUGCUUGUUGACAUUAGAGGAAGAAUCGAGGGCGAGAUUGGAUCUUUCCCUUACCAGAAACCUGUUAAUACAAAUCUUCAAGGUGCUUAUGUGACGAAUCCUUGCAAUAUUCAAUGUAAUGAUGAGCUUUAUUGUCUUCAACCGGGAUCAGAGGGCGCAUUAUUGAACAAUCAAUUCAUCAAUGAUUGUGAAUUCGACAAUCUACAAUGUUUGGGGAAUCAGAAUGCUGGACAAAAGGAGUCUUCGGGUUGUGGACUUGGCAAUGGCAAUGGCAAUGGCAUAUCAACUGGCAAUAUUUCCGGUAUGAAUAAGAAACGAUGAAUUUCUCGUUGCUUAAUCGUUUCAAAUUUCAAUUCAAGAAGAUGUUUUCCUACUGUGACAAAUAUGAUUUACUGCUUAGUAUGCAGUGAGUCUUCUGUGAGUUGCCUGUUCUGAUGUACAGUGAGGAAGUGUUAGUAUUUCUGUCUAGCCAUCAGUCCCAAGAUGGAAGCCCAUUUUAACUUGGCCAAGUUGGAGAUCAACAAAUGUCUGGAAACCUAAAACCAAGUUUUAAGUAAUUUUUCAUACUGUAUGUGCUGAGACAAUUUAAUCUUUUAGACGGGUUUAUUUGAUCA